CCCAUUUGUCACCGGACAGUCAUCACAGUGGAAUGGCAACAGCAUACAUGUACAAUUUCCUGUCCAUUUCAUCCUGAUUUAGCAAUUUUCUUUUUCAUGAGGACCAUUUACACUUGUAAUGCUUUCACAACAGGAACACACUUGUCCCUGCAUCAAUGGCUGCCCAUGGUACCAUGAUCACUUCUAUGAAUGCCCACUGUGCUGGAAAUCCUACUGCUCUUGCAUGAGUGACACAGUGGCAACAGUAUAUCAAAUGUAUCUCUCUCAUGUGAAUCAAAGUGAUUGACAUGCCAACGUAAAAACAUGGAACAUCAGUGAACAUGUACAGGUGCUGGUACCGGCAGCAAUGAUGGCCAUUGUUCUGUGACAGUAUUGCCAUACCGCUGUUUCAUGCGUGACGUAAACAAAUCCUGCCAUGAGCAGCACAAUUGAUAGCUUCAGCAACAUCAUGACAGAAUAGAGAAUAUUCAUAAAAAAGUAAUUGGCCGCAUGUAUGUGUAUGUACAUGGACUUUGUUAUUUUGCCUCAUCCUGCUUGACGGCGCAUGAACUUUAUAGGCUAAUAUUGCACUGUUUCAGAUUUGUCAUACAGCCACAAUGAACACCUGUACUGUUCUUCAGAGUAAUGAAAAGCGUUAAAAGCAAGCACUAUGUGAUAUAUCCGCAUUGAACCCAGGCCAUUUGAUGUGCACUCGUGACUUCCCUGCCACAUGUGUGUACUUAUGAACCACGAGGAACUGCAGUGCUUACCAGUGUCGAGACACAUAAUUAACGUCUGAUCAUGACAACUGAGCCCUUGAUGCCGAGAGAGUCUGGCAAACUCAUCGCCUCAAAGAGUCAAGAUGUCACCAUCUCAGAAGAUGGGGCCUGCAAUAUUGCUAACACGAUUUUCGGAAGUUUAAAGAAGAACGAAUACAGCGUGAAGAUAUGGAAACAACAUGAUCUGCACCCUAAACUGAUAACAAAAGAGACUCUCGAUUGGAUCUUUGUAGUUGACACAUUGAACUUCUCCUUCUGGAGUGAAACAAAUGACAAGCGAUUCCUGGUGGACUAUCGAGGCGGUACGCACAGCGGCUACUGGGCCCUGUGUGCUGCGAUCAACAGGGCAUUGGAUGAAGACAUUCCAAUCACAUCACCAUCUUAUUACUCUUCGAUCACCAUGGACCAGUUGAGGCACAUAUUCCGGUCAGCAACGGACACGGACAUACCGCUCCUAGACAAGAGGCUGGAGCACUUACACGAAGCUGGCAGCGUCCUUCUAGAAAAGUUUGGAGGCUCGUUUGUCAACUGCGUCUCCCAGUGUGAUAAUAAGGCUUCCAAGCUGCUGCAUCUAAUCACUGAGAACUUUCCGUCAUACCGAGACGUUGCCAUGUUUGAAGGAAUGGCCGUUUCUUUGUACAAAAGGGCACAAAUCCUGAUUGCUGAUAUUUGGGCGUGCUUUGAAGGCAAAGGUUAUGGAAAGUUCAGCGAUAUAGAAAUUCUGACUAUGUUUGCAGAUUACAGAGUACCUCAAGUCUUGAACUAUUUUGGAGUUUUAAAGUAUUCAUCCCGUCUCCAAGAGAUUCUCCACUCAGGCCGUCUCUUCACACCAGGGGAGAGGCUAGAGGUUGAGAUUAGAGGUUGCUCCAUCUGGGCUGUUGAGCUGAUACGACAGAAACUGAAGGACUUGAUGACCCAAGACUCAUCGCUGUCGGGACUGACUCUGAACAGUGUCAUCAUUGAUUUCUAUCUGUGGGACUACUCCAAAGACCACUGGAGGGACAUGCAGCAUAUUCCCAUCCACAAGAUACGCAGUACAUUGUAUUGAAGCAAUCAAACCUGCCUGUGACCAAGUCUUACAGAUAAGUAUCCUUGUUGUUAAGACUGUAUCAACUGCAUGUUCACAAAGAGUGUCAUGAAUAGCAACACUAGGGUUUAUGUCUAGAAGGAUCAAUGCAAUUAAUUUUUCUGAGAUUCACCUCUUGUGCGUGUUUCAACUCUUCUGCAGCACAUGGAAACUGAAAUCUUUUUAAACAUUCAAAAUUGAUCAAGCUUUUCCAGACAAGUGAGGGCGCUCUUUAUAGUGUGAUGUAAAUCUGGGAAGAAGACCCUGUUCCAUUUGUAUGUUCUCAUGUUCAAGUUUUGAACCACACAUCUGCUGCUUGCAGGCAUUUUGACAUAAAGUAUUCAAUAGUAAAUUGCCAAAGGAAAUGGAAACCUUCAAUGUAUGAACAAUCUUGUAAUUUUGGUGUACAAAUCAAUGUACAUUGUACCAUUGAGGUUUAGUGCCUUGGACUACUCGUAGUUUUGUGCAUGAAUAUGUAAAUUCACAUGAGCAUAAAACCAAAAGGCCCCAAUGCUAGACAAAAAUAACAAAAUGUAACUUAAAAGUGAGGUUAAAGGGACCACGUAAUAGAAAGAUUUUACUAAAGUCCCUGAAAUUUUACUUUUA